UUCCCUCUGUGUGUGAGUGUCUGCCCUGAGAUGACUCAGGAGGAGCUUCUUUCAGCCGCGUAAAAAGAAAUGCACGAACAUCGACCGUAACGGGAGCAGGGGAAAAGUAGCGACGCUUGUUUAUCUACUUUUAAAAAAAAUUGUUGCAAUGUAUCUCUCCUGAUGUGAAGGAGAAUCACAGCAAUUAUAAUGUAACCUUAGGCCAAGGCUCUGGCAGCAGCAGCCCCCUCAGUCUGAUACAAGUUGCCCUCCACAGGCCCGCAGUGGUUCCUCUGAGCUUUCCAGUUACACUGUUGCCCGAAGACACCGCCGAUUGCACCCAUCCGCACCGUGCUGUGGGAAAUCGAGGCCUCCCCACGGUUUCUUUUUAAUGUGCAUUCAUAAUGAAUACAUCACGAAGCAGUUCUUCAUUCCUCAGUGAUGGAUUUGAUCUUAGCUUGACUGGCUCUCAGUUACCCAUGACUAAACGCCCCAGCAGUGCUUCACCUGCCAAACAGCUAACACGCUCCAUCUCUGUCAUCUCUGAGACCAAGGCCAAAAGGAACACUUUGGUUGAUGGUGGGCAUGGAAAUGUCAAUGGCAACAGUUCUCGUGCCAUCAACAACUUACAAAGGUCAAACAGUGCAACACAAGUCAGCCAGCAAGCCAGUGCAUCAGUAAGUGAAGAGAGAGCAGAUGAUUUCCUGGCUUUGUUUGAUAGCUCAGCUGAUGGGAGGAAAAAACUAUCCAGUUUGAGCAAGACAUCCCCAGAGAAGAGGACCACUUGGAAUGUUCUGGAUGAGGAGCCCAGAGCUUUCCCAGUUCCUGUUAGUGGUCGGAGUACCAGUACGAUAGACGUGCCAGUCUUGUCGAAAAGGAGAGAGACCACAACUGUGUCACUAGCAGCCAACUUUACAGCCAACAAUCGGAGUAACAAAGGAACCGUUGGGAAUUCUGUCACCACAAUGCUGCACAACAACUACCCAACUAUUGAUAAACUUUUGACCCCAAAAAGCUCCAACCAGAAAGCCACAUCUCUGAACAACAUGAUUAAGAUGCCAGCUAAUGAGGAGAAUAGCUUGGCUCAGGGCUCCUUUAAGAAAUCACAGAAAAACCUAUCCAGUAAUAAUGUUGCAACAAGAAAUAACACAGCCUUGUUGAAGAAGAAGGAAGUGACUGAGGAGGAAGCAGAAAGAAUCCGAUACUUAAAUCUUAACGAUAAAAUGGAUUUUACUCAACUGCUCCAGAACGAUAAUCCAGAUAUCGCUCAUCCCGAUUUAGGAUUCAUACAACAUGUGAACCAUGCAGUGAUUACCAUUCAGCGUUGGUACAGACGUCAUUCCCAGAGACGCAAAGCAAGUCAAGCUGCCCUAAAGCGACUGUUUGCUACUAAAAAACAGGAGAGAGAGCAAGAAAUGUUAGUUGAAAGUGAUCAAGAGCGCCAAAGGAAAAAAAGUGAAGAACGGAAGCGGAUUAGAGAAGAGAAAGCCCGACAAGCAAGGAAGGCUGCCAUUGAGGAACUGCAGCAGAAACGUGCAGAAAAAGCAGCUGAAGAUAAGCGAAUUAGUGAGGAAGAAAUUGCCAUGCUGCAAGAAAGGGGGAAGAUAGCAAAGAGAAAAACUAUCAGGCCUGUGUGUGUCAAUAAUACAAGUCCAGAUCAUAGUCGAAUCAAAUCCAAAAAUUCAGUUACGGAUCCAGAAGUGCAUUCCAAUCAGAGAACUGAAAGUCCCCCUCAUCCUUGUGUAAACACAGAAGAACUACAGAACCAGCCACAGGAUGUGAUUGAGAGUCAGGUACCCGUUGAGGAGCAGGAGAUAAUGACAACAAGCCUAACCCAGUCGAAAACAACGCUGAAUGACGUACUAGACACGCUCAAGCUACUGGAGGAAGAACCUAAAUUACUCCCUGAACCAAAGAUCCAUAAGAAGGAUAAAUAUGCUUGGAUUGAUGAGGAUUGUGACUCCACAUCCUUGACGGCAGAUAAUCUGGAGAAACUGGGGCAAAUUGAGCAGGCUUCAGGCCUGCCAACUGCUGGCCCUCUGCUUUCUGAAGCAAAGCUACAAAGUAUUAUGAGUUUCCUUGAUGAGAUGGAGAAGUCUGAACAGGAGAGACCGAAGUCUCGUUCCUCAACAGCUCCCAAAGAGGUUCUGCUUUCUGAAGAAGAAUUGUCUCACCUGGAACAAGCUUCAGUCAUGGCAACUGAGGUUACAAGCUCAAUGAUCAGGUUAAAACUGGAAUUUGAAGAAAAGAAACGUGCAAUUGUCAUGUUGCAGACUGCUUUGGCUCAGCAAAAAGAAUUGACUGUGCGUCACAUGAAGGAGGCUGAAAAGGAAAUGUGUCAACGGAUAAAAAUGCAGAAGGAACAAUAUGAAUCAACUAUUCAGCGGCAUCUGGCAUUCAUUGAUCAGCUGAUAGAUGACAAGAAAGGGUUAAGUGCAAAGUGUGAGUCCAUGGUAAAUGAAUUGAAGCAGGUGGACCAGAAAUACUCCAAGAAAAUCCAACAGAUGCAAGAGCAGCAUGAACUGGAAAUCAAGAAGUUAAAAGAAAUAAUGAGUGCAACAGAAAAAAUACGCAGAGAGAAAUGGAUAGAUGAGAAAACAAAGAAAAUUAAAGAGAUUACUGUAAAAGGUUUGGAGCCAGAGAUUCAAAAGCUAAUAGCUAAGCAUAAACAAGAACUCAAGAAACUGAAAGCAUUGCAUGAGGCUGAACUUCUGCAAUCUGAUGAGCGUGCGGCCCAGAGAUACGUCAAACAGACUGAAGAAUUGAGGGAACAACUGGAGAGGGAGAAAGAAGAUCUGUGCCAGAGGGAGCGGGAUCUUGCUAGACAAAGAUAUGAGAAACAGCUUGAACAAGAGGAGCAAGCUAUCCAACAACAGCGAAGAAGACUGUAUGCUGAGGUGGCUGAGGAGAAGGAACGUCUCAACCAGCAAGCGGCUAGGCAGCGAGCUGAGUUGGAUGAGCUGCGACGACAGCUGGAGGAUAACUCUUCCCUUGUAACCAAAGCCAUAAAAGAGGAAUUUGAAAAGGCAAAAGAAGAGCAAGAAAGACGCCACCAGGCAGAAAUUCAAUCAUUGAAGGAAAGACUAGAAAUUGAAAAACAGGCCUGGGAAGAAAAUUACAUGAAGAAACAGGAGGCGUGGUUGCUUACCCACGAGCGGGGGUUAAAAGAAGAGGUCCGGAAAGGACGAGAUAAGGAGAUCGAGCUUGUUAUCCAACGUCUGGAGGAGGAAGUCAGAGUUUCCAAGCAGGAGUGUGAGAGGGUGGCAGAGAAUAUGAUUAAGCAUGUUCGUCACAAAUAUGAAUCUGAACUGAGGGAAUUGGAACGCUCAGAACGCAAUCUGCAGGAAAAAUGCAAUGAACUUAAGGCACGGCUGAUGGAUGCGGAAGGAGAGACUAUCCGCUUCAAGGGAUUAUUCAGAUAUAAAGAACAAGAAAUAGAAGAUAUCCGAAAGAUCAAUGACAGACUUACAGAAGAGAGAAACAGUUUAGCAGAAGUAAUUCGUCAAGAGUUUGCAGACCGAUUAGUCAGCACAGAGGAAGAAAACAAGCGGUUAAAGACAGAGAUGUCUGAGAUGAGAGCACGUCAUCGUUUGGAAGUGGAACGAAUCACUAAGGAAAAGGAAGAAGAGCUGGAAGAGGUGCAUAAAAGAGUAAAGGUAGCAAUAGUAAAGAAAGAAGAAGCGGUGAAUAAUCUUCGAAAACAAUACGAAGCAGCACAUAAAAGAGCUGAUCAUCUUGAAGCCCUGCUUGAACAACAAAGAAAGCAACUCAUUGGCAAAUGAACAUGGAGACCAUUAAAGCAGACUGAUGAGACCAUAACCCUCACGCUGCGAGUAUUUGCACCGUCGAGUUGCAUAAGUGAGAUGCGCAAGUGUCAUGAUUUGUGCAAAUGCCAACAGAAUUAAUUUAAUGUUUGUUUUUGAUCAAUAAUCUCAUGUAGUUUAACUGUCCAAAUCAAACAGUUUAGCUAAAUGGUCUUUUUUAAAAAACUUUUUUUUAUUUUUCUACAUUAUGUAUCGUAAUAUUUUUCUCAAAUUGCAGCCCUUGUUUUGUAUGUUAGCUGUAAUGUGUAGCAUGACAGAAUUUAUAAAGCUUUUCAAUUAGUUUCAUUAUUGCACUAAAUCUCUUGUAAUUAAAUGACUCUUUUCUUUGA